CCCUCUCAGCUGCGUUUCGAAAUCCACUGCAGAGAGAAAAAUGCUCCGCCGGAGCCACUUCCUCGCCUAACCCCAGUACGGACGGGGGCGGGCGGAGAACGUUCGCUCGAACAACUUCCUACUAGGCUCCCAGCGGCAGGCAGUAAAACCGACCUUUUCAACUCUUGCCAACGUCGGCCGAUUCCUGCCCCCUGGCAGCGUGGAGGAAGCGAUGAAUGGUCUGAAAGGGGAGGUGGCUGCCUCUCCGCACUCCACAGCCGCCGCGCCGCCGGCUGUCCUGCCCGUACAUCUCGCUCCACCCCGCUGCCGAGCGCUUUCCCCCCGGAGUUCUUCCUGCCGCCGCCGCCGCGAAAAAAAGGGGGGAAAUUAGCAAACGAGCCAUCGAGACGCCGCCUGGGGAAGGGCGCGGGACCGAGACGGCUACGCGGAGAACCUGGACGGCGCUCCUCCUUUCCCCCCUCCCCCUUCCUUUUCUUCUUUUUCUUCUCCGUUCUAUUUUGGCGGGCGGGCUGGAGUUUCUCUGCCAUGACUGCACUGGGCUGAGCGAACCUAAAGGGCGAAGGGGGACAGCGCAUUCCCGAACGGCCGCCUUUCUUCUCCAGCGAGGACCAUGAGGAGACUGGCGCUGCUCGUCGUUUCUUUCUUGCUGUGCCUCGGCAAGAUAACAGUUGCUGCUGUUUGUGUUAAUGAAUGCAAAUCAGUAAAUAAUGUAACAGUAUCAGAAACAGAAAUACACAUCCAGUUACCCGACAACUUUACAAUAAGUAAUGUAACUUUUGCAAAUGGAACAGAGGCUAAGCCUUCACCAUGGAAUGCUACAAUAUCUGGACUUGUUCCUGGCUCACAGUAUAUUGUUUCUUUUGAGAAUUCUGAUGGAACAUGCUGCAGAAUCAUUACAACAAAACCCAGUCCAGUUUUUGACAUCCGCGUUGAAAGCAUCAAUACCACAACUGUAUCUUUAAAGUGGAACAGUAGUGAUCCAAAUGCUUCUAUCUACACUUACCGAAUACAAAUAGAAGGAAGUGAUCCUCCCAGGAAUGAAUAUUCUUAUAAUGCCAGUGCAGUAAUUAGUGCCUUGGUACCUGGAACGUUGUACACAUUCAAAAUUUACCCACAAGUAGAUGGUAACAAAACUGAGGGGGACCCAAAUGAUAUAGCUGUUUCUACAAAGCCCAGUCCAGUUUCUGGCAUAAGUGUUGAAAACUGCACUAACACAACAGUAACUUUAAAGUGGAACAAUAGUGAUCCAAAUGUUUCUGUCUACACUUAUGAAAUACUAAUAGAAGGAAGUGAUCUUCCCAGGACUGAAUCUAAUACUUCCAGUGCAAUAAUUAAUGACUUGGAACCUGGAACUUUGUACACAUUCAAAAUAUACUCAGAAAUACAUGGUAAAACUAAAGGAGACCCAAAUGGCACAACUGUUUAUACAAAGCCCAGUCCAGUUUCUGGCAUAAGUGUUGAAAACCGCACUAACACAACAGUAACUUUAAAGUGGGACAAUAGUGAUCCAAAUGCUUCUAAUUACACUUAUCGAAUACAAAUAGAAGGAAGUGAUCCUCUCAGGAAUGAAUAUUCUGAUAAUGCCAGUGCAGUAAUUAGUGCCUUGGUACCUGGAACGUUGUACACAUUCAAAAUAUACGCACGAGCAGAUGGUAACAACACUGAGGGGGACCCAAAUGAUAUAGCUGUUUAUACAAAGCCCAGUCCAGUUUCUGGCAUAAGUGUUGAAAACCGCACUAACACAACAGUAACUUUAAAGUGGGACAAUAGUGAUCCAAAUGCUUCUAAUUACACUUAUCGAAUACAAAUAGAAGGAAGUGAUCCUCCCAGGAAUGAAUAUUCUGAUAAUGCCAGUGCAGUAAUUAGUGCCUUGGUACCUGGAACGUUGUACACAUUCAAAAUAUACGCACGAGCAGAUGGUAACAACACUGAGUGGGACCCAAAUGAUAUAGCUGUUUAUACAAAGCCCAGUCCAGUUUCUGGCAUAAGUGUUGAAAACCGCACUAACACAACAGUAACUUUAAAGUGGGACAAUAGUGAUCCAAAUGUUUCUGUCUACACUUAUCGAAUACAAAUAGAAGGAAGUGAUCCUCCCAGGAAUGAAUAUUCUGAUAAUGCCAGUGCAGUAAUUAGUGCCUUGGUACCUGGAACGUUGUACACAUUCAAAAUAUACGCACGAGCAGAUGGUAACAACACUGAGGGGGACCCAAAUGAUAUAGCUGUUUAUACAAGGCCCAGUCCAGUUUUUGGUAUAAAUGUUGAAAACUACAACAACACAACUGUGAAUUUAACAUGGAGAAAUGAUGAUGCAAAUGCUUUCACCUACACUUACAGAAUACAAAUUCAAGGAAAUGGUACCACAUGGAGUGAAACCUCUAAUGCCACCAGUGCAGUAAUUAGCCAUUUGGAACCUGGAACUUUGUACACAUUCAAAAUAUAUCCAAUUGCGGCUGAUAAACAAACCGAAGGAGACCUAGAUGAGAAAGCUAUUUAUACAAAACCCAGUCCUGUCUCUGGCUUCCAUGUUGUCAGCAUUAGCACAAGUACAGUAACCUUAAGUUGGGAAGACAAUGAUGCUUCUUCUUCGGGGUACACUUACAUAGUAUUGUAUCAACUAAUGGAAGUGGAAAUGUAUGUAACAUCACAAGACAAGAAUGUUACCAUUGAAGGACUUAAACCAGGCACCCUCUAUCGCUUCAGUGUAUUUCCACAAGCAGAAGACAACCUCACUAGAGGGGACCCUCAAAGCAUAGGUACAUGUACAGAUGCUGCAAGAGUGGAUAUGCUGAACUGCAUGCAAGUGGCUAAGCAGCCAGAAUUGAUUCUAAACUGGACUUAUCCCAAUGGGAGUUUCGUUGGCUUCAGAAUUGACAUUUUAAAUAUUUAUUGGAACGAAACACUUCCCGUGCAAAACGAGACCAAAGUAACAAAUUUGGACUACUAUACCAACUACACUGUUAGAAUUGUAACCCUUUCGUGUGGGAAUGAUAGCGUUCCUCGGGAAGAAAGAUGCCUUACAAGUAUCGGUGAUCCUCCGCCUCUGCCUACACCCCCUACUGUUAAGGCAACCAGCCACAACUCCUUGAAAGUUCAGUUUGGUAGCUUUAAUUCAAGCCAUGGACCUUUAGAAGCAUAUGCAGUAAUAAUCACAUCGAAAGAUGUUCAUGAUAUCACCAAUGAAGACCUGAAGUAUACAUAUGAUGAUUUCAUCAAUAAGAAAACAAAUGCUUAUGUUGCAGUUGUCGAAUCUGAGCAAAAACGUUCAUCUUCCUCUCCCAACAGCCAGCAGUAUGAUAUUGAAGUAGGAGAUGGAUCCAGAACACAUGGUUAUCUCAAUGGGAAGUUAUACCCUCUUGGUUCAUACAGAGCAUGUGUUGCUGGAUUUACUCGUAUUGCAUAUUUGAAUGAGACCAUCAGUGCAGAGAAGAGUUAUGUCUCAUUGUCACCCAUUUCAGGGCCUGUUGACUUACCUCAGGAUCCAGGUGUCAUCAUAGGAGCUGUUGUUGGAUGCAUUCUCGGUGCUGCUGUUAUUGCUGCUACAGUGCUUUUCAUCUUCUGGAAAAAGAGGAGGAAAGAUGGAAAAAAUACUGAUGUGCCAUUUUCUCCAAUUGAACCUAAAAAAUCAAAGUUAGUUAAAGUUGAAAACUAUGAGUCUUACUUUAAGAAACAAAAAGCUGACUCAAACUGUGGGUUUGCAGAAGAGUAUGAGGAUCUCAGGCAAGUUGGUGUAAAUCAGCCCAAAUUUGCAGCUGAACUACCAGAGAACAAAGGAAAAAAUAGAUAUAACAAUGUCUUGCCAUAUGAUAUUUCUCGUGUUAAACUUUCAAUCCAAAACCAUCCAACCACUGAUUACAUUAAUGCAAACUAUAUGCCCGCGUACAACUCCAAGAAAGAGUUCAUUGCUGCACAAGGCCCUUUGCCCAACACUGUGCAAGACUUUUGGCGCAUGAUCUGGGAGAAGAAAAUUUAUGCAGUUGUUAUGCUAACUAAAUGCAUUGAACAAGGCAGGACGAAAUGCGAGGAAUAUUGGCCAAACAAACAAUCGAAGCACUAUGGAGACAUAACAGUAGCCAUGACCUCAGAAAUUGCCCUUCCAGAAUGGACUAUAAGAGAUUUCUCCAUGGAAAAAAGUGAUUCAUCUGAAAGUCAUCCUGUGCGUCAGUUCCACUUCACUGCCUGGCCGGAUCAUGGUGUUCCGGAAACCACUGACCUCCUCAUUAGCUUCAGGCACAUGGUUCAGGAAUACAUGAAGCAGAAUCCACCAACUUCUCCUACUUUAGUACACUGCAGUGCUGGUGUUGGAAGGACAGGAACUUUCAUUGCAAUUGACCGUUUGAUCCAUCAAAUGGAGAUGGAGAACACAGUUGAUGUGUACGGUGUUGUAUAUGAUCUUCGAAUGCAUCGGUCUUUAAUGGUGCAAACAGAGGACCAGUAUGUCUUCCUAAACCAGUGUGUUUUGGACAUUAUUAAAUCACAGAAAGAGAAGAAAGGAGACCUUAUCUAUCAAAACACAAAUGCCAUGGCGAUCUAUGAGAACUUUACACCAUCACCAGCUACUGGGAAGGCAAAUGGUUACCAUAUAUAACUGCAAAGGAAUGACAAGCUUCCCACUUCUGCCUCUUACACAAGAGAGGGAAUAUGCACUGUUUUUGUAUGUCUUUUAUAUAGAGACCUUUCUCCACUUUUUUAUAACUGAUUUGAAGAUGCACGCAUUUUAAAAUGCCAAUAGGAAUUGUGGUUUUUAUAUAGUGUUAAAGGGAAAAUAUACUGUAUUUUACAGAAGAAUUUGCUUUGAAGAAGGUGAAGAAGCAUCACAUUAUUGGUGAAAUGAAUUCAUUGAUUAAAUGGUGAGAUCUCUUUUUAAACUUCAAAAAUAAUAAAUGGCGCAGAUACUUUUAAAAAAAAAAAUAAAAACCAGGCUUGUGGGUCACUGAUUCUGUUCUCCAGAAAUGUUAGUGUGUACAAUGGUUGCUUUAACCAUCAAAACCUAUGUAUCAGUGACUGUUCAUUCUUUUUAUUUUAUUUAAUUAGGGAACCCAAACAUCUUUAGCCAAUAUGUUGUGUUAUUAUGUACGCGUGCCUUUUUUCUAACUGUUUUGCUAAAGACAAAAUGAUCAGAGUCCUUUAUUUUUGUACUGAAAUUCUCAAUUGAAAUAUAACAUUUUAAAUAAGAUUAAUAUCAAUUCUUAUUUGAAAUAGCUUUUUUGAUUCUUCCUUCAUGGAAGUGGCAACCCUUUCUUCGUAUUUUACUUUAGUCUGCAAAGACCUUACUGUAGAAGUAAUCCACUAGAUCAUGUGAGAACAGCAGCAAUCAUGUGAUACCUUGGUUGUAUAAAACUAUAUUAAGUUAUGGAAAGAUCCUUCUUAUAUGGUUUAGCUUAAACUUUUUUUAGUUCUGUGUUCAUUUUCAUGUAUUGAAAUUAGUGCUUCUCACUUGCAAUGUUAAAACUUUUUGGAAGUACAUUCAGAUUCUGUCAAUGGUGUUCAGUGCCAUUAGUGCCCUUGGCUACAGCUGAAUCUCCUUUUCCUUGACCUCACUGUCCUUACCCUCAUUUUCACUCACUGCCAUUCAAUCUGAUUUGGUUGGGUGCCCCAUAUGAUUUUGUCUAACGUCAUGAUUCUACUUCUGUCCUUCCUGUGAACAUAAUCAUGUUGAAUCACUAAACUGGACAGACUAAAUGUCUAUGAGGAGAAAGAAGGCUGAGGUCAGUGAGGGCCAAGUGAAGGAAAAUGGUGAAGAAGUGAAGUGGCAGCUGCCACUGGAAUAAAAGGGUGUCAAGCAUGUUUUAAAAAGUGAAUGUUCAAUAUGAGUAUCCCCCCAAUUAAUUCUGUCUUGUGGAAUAUGCUAAUUUCAAAACAAAUAUUGAAAACAGAAUGUAUUUUGCCUAGCCUUUAAUCGUGCAAAUACAAUACCCACAAAUGUGUUGUGGAAGCAGGGCUGUUGUAUGCACUGGCUACAUAAAAACUUGACACAGUGGAUUGAACUGCAUGGAGAGGCAGUUAUGUGCAGUCUCUAGUAAGUCCAGCAUUAUUACACACAUCCUCAGGUUUCACAGCAGUUUCAGGACAGUAGUAAUGUUGGCUUCAGUGUGUGCAAAUAGAAUACAGGCAACUGCAUCUCCAUGUGGCUAGAGCUAUCUCAUUGGUAAGUCUGAGUGUCCACUGUCUAGUUAGCAGUUUAUCCAAAUGUUAAGGUUAUCAUUUGAUAGCUGUCUCCUCAAUCGAUCUUGAGGACUGGCCCUUAGUAGUGCCAUUUGAGGAAGGGGAGAGCUAUGUAUCUGAGCUUUAACUUGUUGUCUUUGUAUGUCUGUGAGCAUUGUAGUAUGUGGUGUUAGUGGGAAAAGAACCCUCCCUAUUGUAAUUGAUAUGUUUAUGUUCUUGUACAUGAUAAGGAUUCUUUAAAAGUGCAAUAUUUGAUUUGCUGAAUGAAUUAUUGCCUCUAUUUCCAUAGAGUUUUACUCAGGUUCAGUGUCUCUUCUUAUUUGUUCUGUGGUUUAAUGUUAUUACAUGUAUAAUUUGUGGAAGACUGAAGAACUAUAACAGAGUGAUCGGGAAAGUUCAUUGACUUUGCUAUAAUUCUAUAAAAAAUAAAUGUAUAAAAAUCUGCUGAUUCUGCCAACUGCAGAAUAUGUUUUAGCCAGUUAAAACUGAGGUAUAUAUUUUUAAUGUUGUUGUAUCAAAGAUAUAUAAUUGCUCUACUGAUUUUCAUUUGUUUGCAUUAUGCUGCUGCAGUUGCAAUGGAUACGAUUAAUGAAAAUUGAAGGGUUUUCCAUUAAAUUAAUUGUAUUGGUACACUGAUGUUAAAAUUAUGAAGGCAUUCUUAAUGAAGGAUGUGUAUGGGAAGUGGGGGGGUCAUUAUUAGUCAAUGCGCUGGCAGCAUUAGAAAGUGAUAUUAUCUUUGAGUGUAUUAUAGAGCUAUGUGUAAAAUAUUUUAGUAUUGUGGGCUCCACUUCUCAACUUCUUUGGUGCAAAAAUCCUGUUAAUUGCAUUGAGCUUGUACAGAGUGGACAAAAUACUUGAAAGGACUAGGGUGCUGUAGGGUAUAGUAAGCUGUACUCCAUGGUUCUGGAGUAUUUAAAAGUCUGUGUGGAAAAAUCAGUUGCCUUUUGGAAAUAGAUAGCUCAAAAAUGGGGAAAUGGUUCCCCAUCCUAUUCUGCCCCUACCAAAGUCUAUGAUUUGUGGCUUUUUAUAUCUAUCUAUGCCCUAGAUAGAAUGCCCUUUGGAUGUUGGUGUGUUGGUCCGAAUACAUUCCUUUAAAAAAAUAAAAAGCAAGAGGGGGCUCAGUAAAUCUACUUCAUACAUUUCACAUUCCAAUGCAGAGGUUUUCUCCAUAUAAUUCACCAAGACUCCCAACAGAUUUAAAUUGUAUUAUGUAGUAGAAGUCAACUCCUACAUUAUUUUGGUGGUACCGGUUGAUGAGAACCAGUAAACCCCUAUCUUAUUUAAGUUAGGUUCUUGUCUGCUUUAUAAGACCAUUGUCAAGGAAGAGGCUUUGCACAAGAUUUAUCUAAUAUAAGAAGCAAUGAUCCUAAUCAUGCAAUAAUUGAUGCUAGCAGUCUUUUGCACUUUGAGAUAAGUACAAUUAGCAUGCAAAUUUUACUGGUGAACUCCCUUUAAGUGGGGUAUCAGACCACAAACUAGCUUAUUGGUUUUUUACCAAGUGCCUGUCUUAUCACUGUGUAGACAACUGAAAUGUUGUGUCUGAAAAGUUACCAGAAUUUGUCUGUUUCUUACUAAAGUAAAUGUUGAACUGCAGCUCCCAACAGCCCCUUCCAGCAUGACCAAUAGCCAAGGAUUAUGACAGUUGUAUUUCAGCAAUGUCUGGAGGGCAACAGGUCUCCCCAACCCUGGCUUAGAUUCUUGCCCUACUUCCUUCCAAUUAAUCCCUUGUAGGUCACUCUCCAUACCACAUGAUGAUAUUAAUGGAUGCUAUCAACUUGACCCUGAUAGGUCAGUUCAGUGGCUGACAACUGUGCCAGGAUACAAGUUUCUAGGAUUGGGCCAGAUUUAGUGUGGUCUUCAUAACUAGCUGCAAUUAACGGUGCUGUCAGGGCAGGACUUUAGGGCAGAGGUCCAAGGCCCCCCUCAGCAUAAUGAGCGGGAAGGCUCCCAAAUGCAGCAGGGGCUCAAUUACUGCAUUUUUAAAUAAGUGAAGCAAAUACAUAUUGCCCUCUAAAGGAGAGGAGCCCUGUAGGACCAUUAAGUCCAGAGUCUAAAAUUACCUAACUGCAGGACUGAUUGCAAAUCAUCCCCAUAAGCAAUGUCAGGGGGGGGGAAUACUAUUUUAGUUCAUGCUGUACAAACCUAGCCCUAAACAUUUGCACUUGAUUACCUGCCUGUAACAGAAACAUAACACAACAGUCUGUGAUAUAAUAUGCUGGCCCAAUCCUAACCAUUUGUUUUGCUGGGGCACUCUUAGAUAGAGUGAAGUAGCUCAUCUGGGGCAGCUAAUUGUCAUUUAUUUGGUUUUAUUAUUUUUACCAUUAUGGGGGCACUAUUGGUUCAUCUUUCUCAGAUACCAAAAUGUCUUGGUCUGUCUUUUUUGCCAGUGCAGAGACAAUCCAGCAGGAUAUCUAUCAACACUGGCUUGAAUAGGAAUAGUUUCUCACUGUCGUAUAAUUUUCCUUUCAAUUUAGGCUUUUAAGUUAUCAAUUCAGAGUACAUAAUUACGUUGCUGGGAAUGUUCAGAUCAUCCUUUUCUAGCCUUAAAAAUGGAAGUAAUAACCAAAAGGUCAGGAUUCAGAGAAAGGAGAGAACUGUUCAUGCACAGUAGUUCCCUCUGUCAAGGAGAUAAGCCACCAUUAAGUUUAAAAAGUAGCCAAUCUCUUAUGCAGUGGGAACUGCUGUAAUGACAACAUCGAGCAAAAUCCCCAUGCAUCUCCCUUUGGGUGCUUGCCAAUAUUUCUAACUGGGUUUUUAUUUCCAUGCAAAGCAUGAUUAUGAAGAAGGGAUAUUCUUUGUGCUUCGGAUAUAGCUGUUAUAAUUGGAUGUUCAAAUGAUGUACAAUGUUCAGUGUUUCAUCCAUUGUACAGAUGUUUGUCACAUACUGUCCUUAAUUUUAAUGGUUUGAUUGUCUUUACAAUGACAUAAAAGUAACUAAAUAAAACAUUGACAU